AUGCUUUAUGCUUUUGGAGCUUGCUUAGAAUCUCAUGAACUAGCCUGUAAUCGUUGUAGAUUUGAUAUUGCACAAGGAUCAGAUAUUGAAUUAGCAAUUGAAGAAAUUCGUAGAACAUUAGUAGCUUAUUUGGAGUCAGAACUUUCAGAUAAAAAACAGAUCAACAUAUUAUCUGAUAACUCAAACUGGUUCUUGUGGAAGUGGCUAUGUGAUGGUGAUUAUGCAGGAUAUAUUCAG